UAAAUUUUGAAGAAACAAAAGUUGAAAUGUGUAUAAAUUCUUGUCAAGCCUUUACUGAAGAAUUUAUUGAAGAUACAAGCUAUAAAAUUUGUGGUGAAUCACGAUAUGAUAUUAAAAAAAAUCCAAGAAAAUUUGCUAUUUACUUUCCAUUAAUCCCACG